UGCAGUAGCCUCCCUUGAUUAACGUUUGCGUUGUAGACAAAAGAUGGUGGACAAGUCACAUCAUCGCCAACAAUCGCUCAAAUCAGUCCGGAUCAUAACGUUGCCGGAAGCAGGUGCUAGGUCGUUGGGGAGUGAGGUGUUAGAGACCUGUUUUCUCGUGGCCAGCUUUAUGCGAGGGUGAUAUCCAUCUCUCCUUCGUUGCCUUGCGUUGCCCAACCCUCUGUGGAGUCGACUGAGUGAAGUUUUCUGCACCACGCAAGUAUCGAACCGACACGCCUCUGGGUUGGAACUCCAGCGCUGUCACCACUCGGCUAUCCGCUUCUCCACUGACUACCAGAACAAUGCCAAGCGCUAUCAGGUGGAAUCUGACAUAAAUACUAGGAAGGGACUGUGCAGAAGAUCUUGCAUUGUUGUCUCAUAUUCACCAUCGUAUGCAAGACGACCAUACCACCCAGGAAUAAAUACUAGAAAUAGAAGAGACAAUCAGCAAGAAGAAAGCAGAGAUAAUGACAACAUUCAAGUCCUAUCCCUAUUCCAGUAGAAGACCAUGAAUAGCCAACUCCAGAUACGUUGCCCUAUCUUGCCAACCUUAGAAGUGGUGGAUGGGGAUGAAAGGAUUAGAAGAACGGAAUUGUUAAGGGCUAACUCUGCAGGACCCAGUGCAGGUAUUCAAGAACAGAAGAGGCCAAAAAUUACUAUUUGGCCUGAGUGGAGUGAUGCUGAUGUUAAUGCUGAGAAAUGGGAUGCAGCCCACAAGGGAAAAGAAGAUAAGAAGGGGAAAUCCCCAACAGUACAACAACAUUUCUUUGAAGAUCCUGAUGGAAGACUGGAAGUACCAUCAUCACUACGAGUGGAUCACUGGAAACGUCCACAAGAUUUUUUAAUUGACAAGAUGCCAGUAGUUGUUGAUGUUGACAGUAUGUGCAACGACUUUGACCUUGUCUCCAACAAUGAGCACUUGCAUGAAAGCGAGUUGAUGCGCUACAUCAUCAGUCAGGUGACAAUCUUAUGGAAAUUGUGUACUAACAAAAAUACUACAGAAGUCCCUGACCCUGCAAUACCUGGUGAUGACCCCUUCCACACCUGGCGCCCGUGGGAGCACAUUUAUUCUCUUUGCAAGGUAGCCAAACAUCAUAUUCCUCUCUUCAACCCCCUGGGAAAGUACAUUGUCAAACUUUACUGGAUGGGAUGUUGGCGGAAGAUUCUUGUAGAUGAUCUGAUGCCAUUUGAUGAGAAUGAGCAGCUGCUGUUGCCAGUCACUUCACUCUCACAUGAGCUCUGGCCUAUGAUACUGGCUAAGGCACUUAUCAAGGCAGCCUCCCUUGACUACAGUGGUGGUAGCCCUGGACUAGAGUUUGGGGACUUCACGAUCAUUCACUGUCUGACAGGCUGGCUGCCAGAACUGAUUCCACUACAGUAUGGCAACCGACAUGAAAUUUGGCAGCUGCUGAAAUCAUCUCUUCCAGAAUGGCAGCUACCAGAACAUGAAUCUGCUAAAUCCAAAGAUGGCACCACAGAUCUUGGCAAUAAAGACAGAUCUGCUGGCUCUACAGAUGGACAGAAAGAAGACAAGAUAGACGCAAUACAAACUAAAGAUGGCAAAUCUGACAAACAAGAAAAAGCAAAAGAUGGAGUCAAAGACAAAGCUAAGGACAAAGAAAAAGGUGGAAAAGAGGACAAGAAGGACAAGAAGGACAAAGAGAAAGAUAAAGAAAAAGACAAAAUCAAAGAGAAAGUUAUUCCUGAGGAAACUCCAGUGCCAGAAAAGCCGGAAGUGGUGGUGUUUGCUAUGUUUGGCAAUAUGGCUAAAUAUCCAGUCAAAGUUUCCAUGCUUAGGGAGAUGGCUAAUGCCAGUGAACACCUGAGACAGAAUGGCCUGAAUCACCUUUACCCUCACACCGUCUGUGUUACACAGACACGCUCAUGCCCCCUUGAGCCCCCACCUCCACCAGAAAUCAUACCAGCUUGGAAGCUUAUUCGACCAAGGAAAAAAAAACCACAACCAACAGAUGAGCCUAAAAGUGAACCUGAGGUGAUAAAAGACAUCAGGUGCCUGGAGAUCACAUCACCAUUUGUCAACUACAAGAUCAGUCCUGUUCCCAUUCCUGUUGACACUUUUCGCUGCAAGUCCGCACUGGAGAGAGGCAGCACUCACUCACGUCCUAUGACAGGCAGUGUAGAAUCAAUACAGGAAAUGGAUGAGAAUGAUCUAGAAGCUGAUGAAUCCAAGACUGGUUCUUUCAUUGGCCUGGUACAGACAAUACAGUUGUCAGAAGAUGCUGGCAGUAAAGAUGAAAAGCAGCUUGGCUUUUCUGGCAAACAGUUAAUGGGGGUUGUUCAAAAACAGGAUCAGAGUGUACCUGAGGCAGGAGAGAUACCAGAUAAAAAGAUAGCAAAGUCUGGUGUAGGUAGCAAGGAGAAGACUAAAAAUAGUCGAAAACCAGAUGGACUGAUGGCAAGACAGGGGGACCUGCUGGAGGACAAGAAGGACAGAGGGACAUCAGCAGGGUCUCCAGCAAGCUUGCUCUUGGACUCUGGCCUAUCUGUGCCAAGAGAACCAGUUGGAGGGGAGCCAAACACAGAGUUAAAAGAUCAGAUGGGGCAGCCUGAAGUGCAGAAGAGCCGAAAAGUUUGGAUGGAUUUGGAUGAAUUCUGCAUUUGUUUCAAGACCUUGUACAUUUUUCACAAGCCUCACACCUACGCAUACAAUCAGCGCCACUCUGAUCUCCGAAAUGUGAACCCCACCACCACUGCUACUCUUCCAAAAGCGGACAAAAAGAUUUCAGCAGCUACAGUGGGUCAAGUACCUGGCCAUGACUCAGGUGUGUUAUCAGGCACUGAUGACAAGUCCCAGUUCUUCUUGUUUGUGGACAGUCUGAUGCCCAUAGAAAUUAUUGUCUCCUUCUCAGUGCUGGCCCGCUGGUUUGACCAGCAGCAAGUUAUAACUUCUGAAGAAAAGCGAGUCAGAGUGAAGGACUCAGAGAAGGAGCCCACGUUGUUGAGUGCAAGCAGUCCACUAGAAGGUGUGCCAGGAUCUUUAAGUAAAGAACAUGCAACACUACUGCCACCUCCACCACCACCACCUGUCACAGCUGGCACACUAGUGGCUGAGCCUUACUCCUGGAAAAGUCUAGUGACAGGACAUCCUAUCUUGCGUAUUAAAACCACAGGCACUCGCGCAGCUGUGCUCACCCUUCCUGCAGGGCGACAUGUUCUUCGGUUCAUAAUGACAUCACCACUUGGUUACCACGUGCACAUGUGCUCCAUAGUGAACUUCAUCUUUGGGGAUGAGGAAACAGUCAUGCCAUACCUUACUAAUGAAAGUUGCCGGUUCCGUGACAAUGCACUGCAAGUUAUCAUGAGCCUGGGAAAAUGCAUUAAAUGCUUUGGUGAUGCUGAGCAGUUUUCACAGGCUUGGAAAGAGCUAGUGUCAUCACACUGUCCAUACCUGAAGGACAAACUACUAUCCAAGCAGCACCAUUUUCAGGUGUUCAAUGAAGCUCUGUACAGUAUGCUUCGUAAAGCCCUGCAAGACAUUGUCAACCCAGAGCUUGCACUUGCUUGGCGAUCGUUCAAUUUUGAUCUUACCUCUCCAAACAUUUUGGGCCUGCCGUUUGGUCAUCGACCAGAAACUAGUAACAGUGACAACACAGGCGAUAUCACCAAAAACAUAAACUCAGCCAAUGCUCGGAGUUCCGCUAAGGUUAUCAAAAAACAAACAACAACAGAGGGUGCUGAGCCAGAAAAAACAGAGAAUACAUGGGCAGCACGUUAUUUGGAACCAACGGCAGAAGACCAUGUUGCUGCUGUGAAAAUUCAGAAGGUUUGGCGAGGUCACCGGGUACGAAGAGUGAAGCGUGCUCGAACACCUGGAACAGGAGAAAAUGCCAAGGCUUUGGAGCAGUUGCAGAAAAGCUGGGCAGUCAUUGAACCGAGUGCUGAAGAAAAUGGCUUGCUCCUCUUUAGGGAAAUGUUUAAAAUGGACUCGGACAUUAUGUGUCACUACCCAUUCCAUAAGGAUGAGUGGAGCAAAAUCUCAUAUGCUGAUUACAAGGGGAUUUGUGGAGAUCAGCCUUUGUUCACUUGGUUCAUAGUAUUCAGGGAAAUCUUCUUUGUGAAAGAGGAGAUGCUAGUUGUGCCCAAACUUUAUGUGCCAAUACCUACAUGCAUGUUGCAUGUCAUAGACAAUGACAGUGGCCAGGAGCUACCCAGAGUUUUUCACAAGGUGGCGCCAUAUGUCUACAAGCGCAACAAGAAGGGUUAUACAUUUGUAGCUGAAGCCCGGACAUUAGAACAGCCUCUGAUGACCAUGCUAUGGCGAAUGCGCUUGAUUGGUUCCCUGAGUCCCUUACCGGCUCCACGUGCAGCUGAUAUUAACUCUGACUUCUUUGUGAAGGAAAUUCGUGACUACUAUGUCCCUAACUCCAAAAACAUCAUCUUGAGAUACUCAGUAAAAGUAACAGAGGAACAGCUGGUCAGCCUUCAGAUGACAACAUCUAAACAUGAUGUCUAUGUGCGGCUUUGCAUCCUUGACAAUGAGGAAGAGGUGAUAAGUGCAGUGGGGAAGGGCCAUGUUGUCAUUGCAGCCUGCAUCCUUCACAAGGACAUGCGCCCACUAGGAGAAGAAGCACAGCUGCAAGCAGUAAUAGAACCAAAGCGAUCCACUUCUCGGACAUCCACUCGUGGUGGACCCAAGGGAGUGACUACAGGUAAAGGCAAACAGAAUGAGUCAGCAGCAGAUGGACGACAGUCGGAAAGCAGUCAACACUCAGAAAUUGGAAUCAGUGAUGAGUUGGAGAAGGAAGCUAAGCCCCACAAGUACAUAGUGCAAGCUACAGUGCUGCGGAACAGUUGGCCUUUGUCAGAAAGCAGCUGGGUAUUUGUCCAGACCCUAAAAGAGCAGGAAAAGAAUGAGUUGAAAGAUGAAAUGCUGUCUGAUGAUAAUGCUGAAGAUGUAGUUGAUGAUGAAGAUCAUCAUGAUAUGGAGUACAAGGAGCGACUGCCAUCACCACCCAAGACCGAAAAGUCUCCUCCUGCUGCUGGUCAAAAAGGCAAGCCUAAGGGAAGCAAACCUGAAAAAGGGAGCAAAGACAAGGCUUCAGAAAACAAAGGGUCACGGCCCUCUUCCCAGCAGUUUGAUUUGACUAAACCUCACUGGUCGUUGCGUGUUGUCAUUGAUGCUGGAGCUGCUGAGGAAAUUGAGGUGAAGAAAGACACAGAGAGAGCUGAUGAGAUUCGGGCUCUCAAGAAAGCAUGGGAGGAUGCUGAGCCAGGACGAGCUGCUAAGGCUUUGCAGUCUCGCUUGAAAUAUUUAAGCACUCACACCAUCAAACUGCUACCAGACAAGGAUGGUCAGCAACAUGACAAAGAGACAACAGAGCUAACGGUUGAUGCCCCAGAGCAGGUAACAGCACCUCCUCAAACUCUCAUCAUGGCAGAUACAGGAAGCAUUGUGGAUUCUGAGUCUGUGUUGACACUGGAACCUCCCGCUGCACCUGCUGCAAGUGAGAUUCUACAGCCAUUGGACUUGACGCCAUUUCUCAGAAAAACCCUGGACAAACCCCACUUUCUGGAUGAGGAUGAGAACCAGCGAUUGCUGGAAGAGCGCCAAAGAGAGCUUGCAGAGUACAAGGAGUUUCGCCAGCAGGUGGAGGCAUGGAGAGCACAGGAUCAGGCUUUUCGUAAUUACCUCAAGCUGCGGCAGCUGGAGGACGCACAACACCUUCAGACCAAACUCGACAUUGCUCGUGGCGCCAUCAACGUCCCAAGAGAGGCUUACCGGCAGCGCCACCUGGAGGCAGAACGGAAAAGACAGGAAGAACUGGCUGCUCAGGAGGCAGCCCAGAGAGCUGAACUAGAAGCCAAACCAGAAAAGGGGAAUAAGAGUGGCAAGAAAAGUGCAGGUGAUAAGAAGAAGAAGUGAAAGAUGAGGGUGAGCAGGAGUUAAGCAUCACUGGCCAAUCUCAUCAUCUGAGCAACUGUACAUGUCAGAGAUAUUGCUACCAGCAAGCAUUCAUCUUACACCCACCUGAAGAAACAUUUUCUUUUUUUUUUCUUUUUUUCUUUUUUUCUUUUUUUUUGCGGUCUUCCCUAGAGCUCUUGUCAAGUUGGAAGCCAAGUUACCGUACAUACCUUUGACGACCCUUGAUUAGAGCAGCUGAGCCACAGGCUUAAACAGAAUGUUAACAUUUCUUAGUUUUUGGUUGUGAGAGGCCUCAUGGUAGACAGAUGCUUGCUCAGACUUUACUGACAAUCAUUGAGCAAAGGGUCAAUACUUACCAUGACUUGUGCUGACCAUGCAUCUCUUUUCAUCUGCUUCUUGACUGAUCUUGUAAAAUGCUAACACUCACCCUUUUGCCCCCUGCCAACAAAAGCAGUUGAUCAACCAUUGUGUCAGGAAAUGUAUCGCUCGUACCUCUCAAAGUUCAGUGGUCAACCCUAAGACACAAAAAAAACAAACAUGCUGACUAUGACACACUGGCUGGCAAAGCAAUGACAAUGUAGCAAAGAUAGAUAAGCUGAUAGUGUAGCACUGGUCUUUAUGGACAUAUGUUGAUAAUGUCACCCUGGAAAGCUUUGACUCUUAUGAUGUCAGCAUAGACAUACUGAUAACGCUUGUCUGCAUAGACAUGCUGAUAACUCAACACUUAUCAGCAUAGACAUGCCUAUAUGAUGCUAGGUGUCAGGCACAUGAAUAACUUCACUGGUUAAGUACAUUACAAGUUUUUUGUUACAUUUCCCAAUAACGAUGAUGUUAUUCCGGUCAGUACAAAUACUCUUAUGCUUGUCACAAUAAAAAUGAUAGUGUUACUCCCUUAAACACAAACACACAUGCCAGUAGGUGGAGACUGCUGUGAUGAUCACAUCAUACUUAUCUCAUAAUGGUUUUUCUCAUCCUCUAUGCUCAGAUCCCUAAGAUGUUAUUCCCUAUGUGAAGGACUUUAUCCUGUCUUCUCUUAUUUUCCACAUGAACAAAUUAUGCAAAUAUUGGGGCCGUUUCCUUUAAUGCAGAGGAGCACAUAGCAGCAGGAUUGAAGCUGCAGCAUCCUAUGCUGACAACUGUGUUAUUCUUAUUUCAUUUGUGUAAAUAAUUAUUAUUGAUGUUCAUUGUGGACUGUUCCAUUUCAAAUAGGAAUAUUUUGCGUGAUUGUAUGUUCCCUUUAGAGUUCCAAACUACAUUUGUCUAGGAGUUGUUUUACAAAAUGCAUUUUUUGAAGAGGGUGUUAAAUCAGUGAUAAUAAUCACCACCACACAAUGAGAUAUAUACAUAACUUAUUCAUACUUUUCAGGGAAAGUACCUUUCUACACAUGUGAACACUAUUAUCUCUUAAGUCUUCAACAUUCUUCCCUGUCAAAUUGCAAGGAAAUAUACACUGAAAAUACAGUUAUAUUUCUUUUGUAAGGGGUAGUAAUUUCACAGAUAAUUGUCAAACGUCUUUUAACUUCUCGGCACUAUUUGCUGGUCAUUGUUUCCGAGAACCACUGAUUUAGGUUCCAGAACACCAAGUGUUUGUGAAGUAACACUGGUCUUAAGCUAUAAAAAUAUUUGGAAGAAAUGCAAGCGUAUAUAGUUUCAAUCUAUGGAGAUGAAAACUGACUUGCCUAACAUUAAUCAGUAUGUUUUGUUGACAUCUAUUUUGUUACAAUAUGUCAGAAUGGACUCAGCAUAGCAGAUCAGCAUAUCUGUCUUGUAUUUCUGUUACAUUUUCUUGUCAACUCACUGGCGGAGAACAAAGGUGCACACUUAUCUUCCCUAAACACCUGAUCUUGUACCUUGUCUUUUUGUUAGCACAUGGGCUCUUGUAACUCAGUAUACCUAUUUUUUUGGUACAAGAGAUUUUGACGACACUUUUUAUUGUUAUAUUUGAAUUUUAAGAAAAUGCUACUAUGUCCAAUAUAAACAUUGAAUAAAUCUUUAUCAGCCACGUAA